AAGCACUCGUUGCUUGUGAAAAAUAAGCUGGUGAAAAGUUCCCUCCGCCUCUCCAAAGGAGACGUGUUGUGUCGAUGAUGAAGUGGCACAUUCUUCUGUUUUGGACAGCCAUCCUUGGAAUUUAUGCAUUGGCCGGCGUAUAUUCCCUGAAUGUUAUCACAGUACAGCCAGGACCAGUACGAGUGAAGCAAGGACAGAACGUCAGUCUGUGGUGUAAACUGAAAUACGACCCUAAACGAGUGUUCCCGGUUCAAUGGCAGUCGCCUCCAAUUUUCAAUACAAGAACUAUGAAUUGUUAUUCUUUUCGUCAUUCGAAGGACAAAUAUGUCAUGUCAUGUUCAGACACUGAAGAAGCUAUUGAGUUUUAUAAUAUGACAAUAAUGAAUGUCCAAUGGGCUGAUAAUGGGAAAUAUCGGUGUCUGUAUCUCAACGAUAUGAACACUGUGGAUUUACAGGUUUUGGUUCCGGUAACAGAUGUGAAAUUAGAAAAAAUCGUCAAAAGCAUUGCUGCAGAGCCCCAGCGCUUGCAUGAGUACUAUACCUGCACAACAAACUGUGCAUUUCCAGCACCAAAGAUUUCAUGGUUUGUAAAUGACCAACCCUUUAAUGGCAACACGAUGGUGGCAGAGUUGGACUGCUCAGGGGCCAAGGAGGGCCAGAAACGGACUAAGAGCAGAGUAACAGUAAUAAGCACAGACAUGGAUAAGGAGAGAAAAGAAUAUGACAUUUCCUGUACGGCAGAAAACGUUCUUGUAGAGCCAAAGGUUUCUAAGGCAAUAACUGUCAAUAAUGAUGCACUGACCGGUAUUUAUUCCCGGACAGAUAUCACAGUACAGCCAGGACCAGUCAAAGUGAUGCAAGGACACAACCUCAAAUUGUGGUGUAAACUGAAAUAUGACCCUGAUAGUGUAUCGCAGAUACACUGGCAGUCGCCGCCUAAUUUCAAAACAAGAACAGACGAUUGUUAUUCUCUUGAAAAGGAUAAAUAUAUCAUCUCAUGUUCAGACACAAACGAUGCUUUUGAGUAUUAUAAUAUGACAAUAAUGCAUGUCCAAUGGGCCGAUAAUGGGAUAUAUCGGUGUCUGUAUACCAACCAUAUGGACAUUGUGGAUUUACAAGUUUUGGUUCCGGUUACAGAUGUGACACUAGAAAAAAGCACCAGUAUGAGCAGCGCUCAAGAGCCCCAGCGCUCGUAUGAGUACUUUAACUGCACAACAAACUGUGCAUUUCCGGCCCCCAAGAUUUCAUGGUUUGUAAAUGACCAACCCUUUAAUGAGAACGCGAAGGUGACAGAGUUAGGCUGCUCAGGGGCCAAGGACGGCCAGAAACAGACUAUAAGCAAAGUGUUAGUAAUAAGCAAGGGGAGAAAAGAUUAUGACAUUUCCUGUACGGCAGAAAACGUUCUUGGAGAGCCAAAGGUUUCUAAGGCAAUAUCUGUCAAUAAUGUUGUAACCCCAGAUGGAUCUCAUCUUAAAAUUGCUUUGGCAACCAUGACAACGACGCUAACUAUUUUGCUCAUCAUAGCAAUUGUCGUUCCUGCGUGGAAAAAAUAUUGUCGUGAGCCUUUGCAAGAUAUUUCAAUUAAAGCCAGGUCCCAUACACAACCUUCGGAUCCAAAUCUGAACAUUGAGCAUUCUUGGGACAAAGCAGACGAAACACUUUUAUAGGGGUGACCACUGUAUUUGAUCACGAGUUUAUGAAUUGGACGAGAUUGAAAUACAGUGCAGAGGAAGCUACUCAUCAACAUUGCAGGGAUCGUCCAUGUCAGCGCUACCAGAAAAGUUGCCAGAAUCAUCCAUUUAGCUGCUGCAUUGUACUGGCAUGACUGGUUCACCUGAAUUCCUCAUCUUUCUUCUUCAGUGUUCGCUCUACACACUUGGAGGUGUUUUUCUCCAGAAAGUAUUCCUCCUUCAAGACGGGAUGAAAUAAUAAUCAUCUGAAUAACUGACCUACUAUUCAUUAGUCAUAAAAAGUUCUUCUUUACAGGAGCAUGUAUAGUGUGCAUCCAAGAUAUGCACCCUAAUAAUAUCCCUUCUGAUAUCAUCAACACCCCAGAGAAUUCCACUAAACAAACAACUUUCGUUGCCAAAUCUUUAUAUACUCUAGUUUCGCUUGCCAUUGACUCUGCAAUUGCCAUUGCCAUUGACUCUGGUGGUCAAUCAAUCAAGAAUAUUUACUCCUGUCGUGGACACAAAAUGAACACAUAUGCUGGCUUGCAUAUCAUUACAUGAAUGUACAUUUAUAUCAUCACUAUAUACUCAGUUUCUCACGCCUAACGUCCAUUGCUUGAAUAAACUCUAAAAAUACACUGCUAAAUUUUUCUGCAUAUCAAAACAACUCAGACAUACGUUUUGAAAAAGGAAGCACUAUUCUUUUCAUAUAAUUAUACCAAUCAGGUAUUAUCUAUAUCAUAAUACUAUAAGGCGGCUCGAUAAAGUGCCAUUUGGGGGUAGUGUUUCGUCUCGGAAUUUUGCACGUUUAUGUUUAUAUUCGGAAAUUUACUUCAGCGGAGCAGUAAUGAGGGAUUUUUAAUCGGACACUGUCAAUUCUCCUUACCACUCACAGAAGCCAAGUCAUUGCUGUUUAGUUAUGCAGAGGCUUAAUCAAUUACUUGCACUCCCUGUGGGGUGGCUAACAUUACCUGUUGAACAGCUGGCUGUUGACUCUGCAAUUGCCAUUGCCAUUGACUCUGGUGGUCAAUCAAUCAAGAAUAUUUACUCCUGUCGUGGACACAAAAUGAACACAUAUGCUGGCUUGCAUAUCAUUACAUGAAUGUACAUUUAUAUUAUCACUAUAUACUCAGUUUCUCACGCCUAACAUCCAUUGCUUGAAUAAACUCUAAAAAUACACUGCUAAAUUUUUCUGCAUAUCAAAACAACUCAGACAUACGUUUUGAAAAAGGAAGCACUAUUCUUUUCAUAUAAUUAUACCAAUCAGGUAUUAUCUAUAUCAUAAUACUAUAAGGCGGCUCGAUAAAGUGCCAUUUGGGGGUAGUGUUUCGUCUCGGAAUUUUGCACGUUUAUGUUUAUAUUCGGAAAUUUACUUCAGCGGAGCAGUAAUGAGGGAUUUUUAAUCGGACACUGUCAAUUCUCCUUACCACUCACAGAAGCCAAGUCAUUGCUGUUUAGUUAUGCAGAGGCUUAAUCAAUUACUUGCACUCCCUGUGGGGUGGCUAACAUUACCUGUUGAACAGCUGGCUGUAGGGGGAUGAUUGGAACAGCCUGUACCUGUUGACCUGCUGAACUAAGGUUAAUGUUAUUUUCAAUCCACGAUUGCAGGUCACCUGAUGUUCGAGAUUUCGCAGGGAAAGAAAUUGUAAACAAACGUAUGUGUGCAGUUCAAAUGUAAACAAAAAUGUCUUUUUGGUACUUUCGAUUGCUGGAAUUGGGUUUUCCCGCAGUAAGGAGCUGGGGUCAAUUGUUUAUGGGUGCUGUGUUAGCCAGAGCUAGCCCUUGAUUAUGAAGGGAUUUUCAAAUGAAGGUUACCAUGGUCUGUUUAUGUGCUCACCACAGCUUUCAAUACUUGAUCUGAAGAGGCGCGCUGAACCUGAAAUGGCCUUAUCAAGGAGCUGCUCACGGUGCUGAACUUCUAGCUUGCCUGUCGAGUAAGUGCCUUGCCCGAGACCUGGCUACAUGUAGGAGGAGCACGCAUUUUAAAGUUAUAGUAGUGAUAGUGCAAUUGGUUUGAGCCAUUUGGAGGCCGACAUGUGAAGGCCUAUCUGGGUACCCCUUCUUCUCCGUAAGGCGCAUAUUGCUGACUAAGGAACGAGGCAUUGCCUCAUCAUCUCUAUCGGACCAACGAAAUGAAAUGAAAUGAAAUGAAAAUGAAAUGCAACUGAUGUACUUUUAUAUGCAUGCAUACAGCACGCCACAGCUAGGUCCGAGUCUGUGGACAAAUGGUUUGUUUAAUUUGUCUCUUCGAUAUGGCUCCUUUGAUAUUGCAUUAGAUUUUCAUUGCAAAUGUUUUAUAAUAAUUAAAAAAAAAUAAUAAUAAUAAUUCAAUCUAUUCAAGGUAUAGCCCAUUUGAACCUGCCUGUGCCACGGGUGCAAUGCUAGUAAGUUAUAUUGUGCUAAAAUUUAUGAAUACUGAUAAGAAUAUUGUAAGAGUCAUUGUGUGAAAUUCAUGCAAUUGUGUUUGAUACUAAGACCAAUCAAGGGACAGAAACUGACCUGAAUUAAACAGUGACAAAUUUUCGGUCAAGUUGCAUAUAGUAACUUUGACUUGUAAGAUCAAUUCAUAUCAUCUGUUAUUACUCAGCAUGUACUUAAUAUCAGCAAAUGCCUUGGCUUAGAUUAAGCACACACAAGUAGUCCAGAGGUAAGAGGUUUAUCUGACAAAGGUCUCAGUGUCACUAUUUGGGUAUGGUCAAAUCAAAACUUUGGGAUUCCCAGCUUUUAGCCAAUAUCUUCACUUUUUUAACACCACAGUUAUGUGAAUGUUACUGAGGUGUUUGGCAAAUGAACGCCUUUGCGUUAAACAUAAAAAUAAAUACAUAUUUAUUUUUAUGUUUACUAAUCAUUAGUUAUGCCUAUGUAUCUGCCUCUAUGUAUACACGAAAUAAAUUUUAAAAACCUCGUUAUACUGUAGAUAAUAAUUUUGGACAAAACUUAACUUUUGGAUUAACUUUUUAUUGACUCCUAUACAUGUAGUAGCUGCCUCAACCCUGUGAUAUCAUAACGGUUGCUGCAUUUUUUCCCCGUCCAAUAUUGUGAAAAAACUGGCAAUUGUAUAAAAGCUUCCUGAAAUGGAAGAGAAAUGUAGUCCGUCCAGAUAUUAGGCUUUGGAAGGAAUUUCUGCUGGUAGCAGGAUCAUACCGUCGUAUGCAUAAAGUAGGAUAAUUAUAAUACAAAGCAUUAUUUUAACUGAGGUGCCCUUAUGGUUUAAUUAUGUAUUUUCUAUAGCCAUAAACAAUAAACUCUGUGUAAACUACAUGUAUCAUAUUCACCAUUGUAAUUCUUUCAAAAAUCUGUUAAGAGCUGAAAAUGUGUUUUGAAAGGCAUUAAAUUAUUUAU